UAAAAUUGACAGAUAGUCGUCAAGUCGUCAAUAAAAAAAUACGUGAAAGGGGAUGUGAUCCAGUUGUUUUUUGAGUUAAUCCAACAACUAGUUUAGUUUGAUCUAUAGUUAAAUUUUUGUAGUGAAUUCUAGUGAUUACAGUGAUUGUUACAGAGACAGGACAGAAGUUUAAAGUGCGUUUACACAAUAUAACUCUAAUACGGGGAUAUCUUAAAUUGUGGGUUGUUAGCGGUGGACAAAAUAAUUGUGUGACGCAAUAAGCAGUUCAAAUUUUUGAAAUGGCUGAGACCAGUGAAGCACAGCCCAGUGCAUCGGCGCCAGGUGGAGACGGCAGCGAGGAGGACAAGCGGGAUGAGCGAAUGUUGGAGUGCAACAUCUGCCUUGAUACAGCUCGGGAUGCAGUGGUCAGCAUGUGCGGACACUUAUUUUGUUGGCCCUGCCUGCACCAGUGGCUGGAGACACGGCCAAGCCGCCAGGUGUGCCCCGUGUGCAAGGCUGCCAUAAGUCGGGACAAAGUCAUACCACUCUAUGGUCGGGGGAACACUAAGCAGGAGGACCCCAGAAAUAAGGUGCCCCCGCGGCCUGCGGGUCAGCGCUCGGAGCCCGAGAACACGGGCGGCUUCCCAGGCUUCGGGUUCGGCGAGGGCUUUCACAUGUCUUUCGGCAUCGGCGCUUUCCCAUUCGGCGUCUUCACCUCCACUUUCAACUUUGGCGACCCGCGGCCCAGCGCAGCGCCGCGCGGCACCGCGCAGUACGACGAGGAGCAGUUCCUGUCUAAGAUCUUCCUGUGGGUGGCCAUCCUCUUCGUGCUGUGGCUGAUAUUUGCAUGACCCGCCAGCGACCUCGUCCUCUCCCCCGCCCCCACCCUCGCCACCCUGUACCGCACUCACCGCCCGCACGAGAGGCCUUACCAUCUAGUAUGACUGGCUUCAUUUCUUUUAACACCGCGGUUUAAUACGUUCGUUUAACGGUUGAAGAAUACGAAUUGCAUUUUAUGGUAAUAUUUGUUACAGACAAGCCGUGCCUCUACACAUUUAAUAUAAAUGUUAAAACAUAGUAAAGAUAGAUUUUUUUAAAUCAUAAAAUAUAAGCAAAAUUAAGACCACUGCCACACUACGAUUUGGCGAGAAUUGUUUUACAGUUUCGCCUUGUCAUGAUGUGUUUCAAAUAUUGUAUGUUGUAAAAAAUUUAUUAUUCAUACAUUAAUGAAAUUAAUAUAACAACUGUAUCAUGAAAUAUGAACUCACAGACAUUCAUAUUUCAUUACUUAACAAGAAACUGAUUUAAAUUUUUUCAAAAUGACAUUUCAACUUGAAUCACUAGAAAAAGUCUGCCAUGUAAAUACUUCAAGUAUUUGAUUCUAUUUCAUUUUCAAACAUCUAACAAAUACUUGUCUUUGAAAUUGUUUCGAGGCUAUCUCUGUCUACUCUUAAUGGGUUUGAUAGUUGUGGACUUGAAUUUUGUAUAUUUAUGUAUUUAAAUCGAAAUUUAAGUAAAUGUGUUGUGCUGAAGUAGGCACAUUUUCACUCUAGUGUUAAUGAUUAUUUCAUGUUUAAAAGGGUAUUCUUUAAAUCUUAUAUCUUCCUUCUCUGUAUAGGGAAAAUGUAUUUUUCCAUGUUUUGUUGUUUCCAUGUUUUUAAUAGUUUCUUAGGGCUUAUCUAAUAUGGUCUCAUAUUUUCUGUACUAAUUCACAACUUUGAAGACAUUAUCUUUUUACUAUUAAGUAAAUAGUUAACACUUCCAUCGCCACUAAUUCUACUCGAAAGUUUGCUGUAGUUGGAAAAUCGUAUAGCAUUGAACAUACGAGUUUUUAUUUUAUAUAGAACCUGGGUUUUAUUUCAAAUCAUGUGGCUGCAAAGUUAUGCUUAUUAGUUAAAGAAACGUAAAUUUUCUAUUAGUUUUAGUUUGGUUCUAAUGUAGGAGUGUAUGAUACAAUAGUUGAGGAUGUUUGUGAUAUAGAUUUGAGGUUAUGUUGCGCGCCGACGCCGCGACAACCAAUUAUCAAGCAAAAAGACCAUUUUUUAUUUUUAAUUCGGUAGAUAGAGUUUUAUGUUAAUAUGCUUAUGUAAUCUAUGUGUAUAUAUUUAAAUGAUAUCGAU